AUGGCUAAGUUCAUCAAGUCCGGUAAAGUUGCUAUCGUUACCCGUGGUAGAUUCGCUGGUAAGAAGGUUGUCGUUGUCAGACCACACGAUGACGGUACCAAGUCCCACUCCUUCCCACACGCUGUCGUUGUCGGUAUCGAGAGAGGCCCAUUGAAGGUCACCAGAGCUCACGACGAGAAGAAGGUUGCCAAGAGAACUAAGAUCAAGCCAUUCGUCAAGUUGGUCAACUACAACCACUUGAUGCCAACCAGAUACUCUUUGGACGUUGAGUCGUUCAAGAACGUUGUCACCCCAGACUCCUUGAACGAGCCAUCCCAGAGAGAAGAAGCCAAGAAGGUUGUCAAGAAGGCUUUGGAAGAAAAGCAUCAGGCCGGUAAGAACAAGUGGUUCUUCACCAAACUCAACUUCUAA